AUGUUGGACUGUGAUGCGGAAGGAAAUCCAGUUCCGGAGAUAUAUUGGUUCGAAAAUGACAGCCUACUAUCAUCCUCUAACGAAUCUUACAACAUACAGGGUGAAACAUUAGUUAUUGAUAAUGCCACAUUUUCUCACGCUGGAAGGUACGAAUGUUGCGUAACGAACGACACCUGUGCGGAAAUCAAUUUGUCUGUUGUAGAACCUUAUGGUUCCGAUUAUAUGAUGAACAAUGAGAUCGCACUGUUAAACGAUGACGGCGUUGACUUUUCUUGUUACUUUCAAUUUGUGCCUUCGAAUCCAUCGGCAUUCUACACUCCCUAUACCGUCGAUCAUGAAGGAAAUCUGGAAUUACCUGCCAACACAGAAAUUUCUCGAUUGUUGGUUGGCAAGGCCGAUCCUUUCUACCCUCCAUACGCCGUACGUCACAAAUUUCACAUUCCUGGACCGAUACAAGAACGAUAUGCCGUCGUUUGCAGUGAAGGAGACUCAAGAUUAAUAUCAUAUCUAAUGGUACGAAAUUUCCAUGAACCGAUGAAACUCGAGAUCGUGAGCAUUGACGGCAGUACUAUGACUGUACGAUGCCAAGUAGACGCGUACGAAUUUAGAGGAGACUUCAUCAUAUAUGAGGAUGAACGAGCCUACUAUGCAGUGGGACAACUAGAAGAAUAUGCAUGGGUCGUACAUCAUUCACUAAGCAUCAACACCAAAAAAGUCUCGUGUAAGGCUAUACAAGACACUACAGAGUACCUAAAAAAAACUAUCGUGGUUAACUCGCAUCAACGACAAAUAUUUGAAACGGCUGUGGUGGCCAUUGGUACUACCACAGUGAUUUGUGCAAUCGUUGUCCUGGCCAUACGAAAACUGAAAAAUUCCCAGCGUAAGACAUCUUUCAAUGAUACCUCGAUCAGUGAUGACUCGUUUAGUGAUGAACCGUUCAACGAUACUGCUGUACAACUAAUUCCAUCGGAAUAUGAGUUUUCAACGGAUAAACUGACACUAGGCGAAACAAUCGGUCAAGGUGCGUUUGGAGUUGUAAGGAAGGCUGUUGCUAGAGACAUCUUUGUCCAUGAACCAUCGACGAUCGUUGCUGUGAAAAUGCUGAAAGCGAACCAUUCGGCAGAUGCGAUAAGCAGUUUGGCUACCGAACUCAACAUGAUGAUCCAAACUGGACUACAUAUGAACAUUGUAUACUUCUUGGGUGCCGUGACCAAAGAUAGAGCGAGAGGCCAGAUCAUGUUAAUUUUUGAAUACUGCCAGUUCGGGAGCAUGGAUAUUUUCUUACGUGACAACGCGCAUCGGUUCGUUAGUUGUUGGAACACACUACAGAACUAUGAACCACCAAUGACACAUGCAGAUCGAGAGGGCAACACUGAUACUGGCGAGUGGCAGUUAAGGACUACAGAUCUCAUUAGCUGGGCCUCACAGGUGGCGAACGGUGGUGAAGAUAAGUGA